UCCCAGAUGGCGCGCAGAUGGUUCCAUAUAUGAGUAUCCGGUCCAGUAUGUGGAAAAAACGCUGGGAGGUACUAGAGAACAGCUUCGCAAACUCAGAUAUCAAUCAUGCGAGUCCGAUUGUGUUUGCUGUUGACAUCUAAUAGCUAGGGAAGCCGAUAGUGUUUCGCAUUGUCGGCAACACGAUCGCGUAUAUCGGAGGAUGGUCCCUCCUUGAAGCUGGCCUUAGGCAUCAGCUUCGGCAUUCAACUCCAUUGACGCCCUCAGAACUGAACUCAGGUAGCUUCGGAAAACCUAUCAGGAAAGCAAGGGCUGAGGACGAAGAACGUGGCAAUGAGCGAGGCCGUGUGACUACGGUGAUCAAGCAAACGACACCUACACGAAUGCGCAUAAGCAAGAACAUGCGACUGGUCAAUGAUGAUAAUGACACAUGGCCAGUGCCCGAGUGCCCAGUGGCGUUAACACACUGCUGUCCCAUCUCAUUGCUAGCAUUGCACUCCUCAGCAUCAUCCGAGUGCAAGGCUACGUGUACUAUUCUUCUGGCACGUAGCCUGCGGACUAGACCUACCAUCUUUCCUCCAACAAGCCUCAACGAGGCUUUUUGUCGAUCCAGGACUCGCUAUGCUGUACAUUCAACGUUCAUGAGAACCGCCAAACCGUCAGCCAGCGGAAGGGGUGAGUUACUUCUUCUGUCACGUAGCGUCGCCUACGACAAUAGACUGGUAGAAGAUUGCCCAUACAGAAAAUCGGACCUGACACGCUUACUUCUGAAUCAUGAUCCAAGGACCGCAGGGAAUGUACAGCUGAUCAUUGCCCUCAACUUCACAUUCCAUUCGGAAAGAAGUUAACGGCACCCAAGAUCCUCUGCCCUCGCUCUCCACUUGCACAGACGGUUUCCGAUUUCAUGGAGCCUCGCACCAUGACUUGCACAGCGGGCUCUCGAUGCGAAAAUGCUUUUAGGCGAGUGUUGCAUUAUUUGCGUUGUUCAUGGAGAGGGAAGAAGGGAGAGAAUUCGAGUGGUUUUGCAUGUGAAGUUGAACUUUUUGCCGUGCCAAGCUUUUUGAGAGGCUCGCGCUAGGGACGCG